CGUUCGUCGAAUUGGGAGGUGGUGUUAACAGACGAAACUAUGUGAAAACCUUCUUAAUGCUGUGCUGUCACAAUACGGUCAAAGACAAGUGAUUAUUAACUUGCCAUAAACAGAAAGUAUCUUCCUAAGAUUUGUGAAAGAAAAUAUCCAAUCUACAAAAAUGAGAAAAUCGUACGAAUUUAUCGAUUUACGGCUAUAUUUAGUGUUGUUUGUGGUGAUUUGUUUUGUUUAUGGUCACGACCUCAAGGGUUUUGAUGACACGGUUCUUUUUAAAAUCAAUUGGCCGGGUAAAAGUACCACUGAUUUAUUGGAACCCCCGACGAAUACAGAGUCUUAUUUCAUAACAACAGCAAACAAUGAGCGGUAUCACUGUCUGAUUCCGGAUACAGCAGAACAGGAACAUGAUUAUGGAGAAACAUACGCUGGACCCAACCCAAUAGAAAUUUUACAACCCCUAUUCAUCCAUAGUGCAUGCUCAUAUCGGUUAGAGUCCUACUGGACUUACCAGCUUUGCCACGGGCGUUACGUUCGGCAGUAUCAUGAAGAAAGAGAAGGGAAGAAGGUGAAAGUUCAGGAAUAUUAUCUUGGUACCUUUGGGAAACCGCAGAAGGAAAAAUUAUCUGCGGAGUAUGAUGAACAUGCAAAGAAUCCCAACAGAAAGGCACAGAUACCGGUUAAGAAAAUUGAUGGAAUCAACAUGCCAUACGUAGAAAUGAAAAUGACAGAUGGAACCGUUUGUGAUUUAACCAACAAACCAAGAAUGAUAAGGGUUUUGUACGUCUGUCACCAACAUGGAAAACAUGAGGUGUUUUCUUUGAAGGAAACGUCCAGUUGCGAGUAUGAGGCUGUUGUUCUAUCAGCUUUUCUGUGCACUCACCCAGAUUAUAAACCACAGGAAACUGGGGAGAACUUGAUCAAUUGCAGACCUGUUGAUAAUGCUCCAAAGAAGCCUAAGUCUCUCAUCGCUUUGGAAGCUGAGAGCUCGAAGCUUAGGCAUGAAAGAAUCACGGAUGAAAAGCUGCAGAAAGUCUAUGCGAUCUUCCAUAUAGAUAAGGACGACCAGGAUGGUGAAACUCGUUUCAGAGUUGAAGUUCGUCCAGUAGAUGUUGUGGAAAAAAACAAUCUACAGGAGGCUGUGAGUCCAUCGGUGGAUCAAGGAGUUAGCCCUAUUGACGUCAGCCUAAUACCAAGUUUUCUCAGUGGCCUCAAUUGUUUUAACGGGGGUAACGGCUGGUGGAAAUAUGAAUUUUGCUAUGGGAAUACAGUUAACCAAUACCAUAUCGAACGAGAUGGUACCAAAACUGUAGUGAAUCUUGGCACAUUCAAUAAGCUGAAGCAUUUGGAAUGGGUCGAAGCACACCCAAAUAAGAGACCCAAACCCAUUGCGCAGAGGAGACAAUUGUCACAUUUCUACAGUGACGGCAGUGUUUGUGAUAAAACUGGAAAGCCCAGACAAACCGAGGUGAAAUUGAAAUGUGCCGAUAACCUGACAAUCAGUCCAUCAAGUGUAUCUCUGUACUUACUUGAACCAAAAACUUGUGAAUACAUCCUUGGAGUUGAAUCACCAUUUAUUUGCGAUAUUUUGGAGUUCGCUGACGAAAACGGGCUCAUCAGUUAUAAGACGUUACGACACUUUGCCGAAUUUAAAAAUCAAUUUCAUCAAGAAAAUGAUGAGAUGGACGAAAGGAUAGCCAACGAGGAUGAAUAGCACCUUGUUUAUUGUGCUCACUCGACAUAUGCGAAUUGAAGACAUACUGAGAGUAUAUUCGUACCAUGUACGUACUACUGAUUACGAGGUUAGUGCUCCGAACUUAUUCUACGGAAUAUCAGCCAUCCCUGUGCGAUUGUUCUAAAGGUGUAUAUACCCCAGUAAAUUCAAUACUAAGAAAAAUGUUGUAUUCCCUCAGACCACUGAUAACAGUUCGCAUUUACGCAGAAUGAGUUGUUGCAAUAGACACUAUUAUUUGAACAUUUAGUGUAUGUAUACUAAGCUAUGAUAAAGAUGUUCUGUAAACAGGGUAUUUCUAAACUGUUGAUGGAUUAUAGGUAAUAAAAUAUUACGAUAUAA